AUGAGUACUGGAGCAGAAGUUAUCGCCCAAUCCCUCAAGAACCUUGGAGUGGAGGUUGUAUUUGGGCUUGUGGGAAUCCCGGUUAUUGAAGAAACCACUCAAGCUAAAGGUAUUAAAUUUAUAGGGUUUCGAAAUGAACAAGCAGCGUCGUACGCUGCCUCGGUGUAUGGUUAUUUAACUGGUCGUCCGGGAGUGCUAUUGGUGGUGGGAGGUCCGGGGAUCAUCCACGCCAUGGCGGGGAUUUUCAAUUCUCAGAUCAAUUGUUGGCCUUUGAUGAUCCUUGGUGGGUCUGUGGAUAACAGUACUAGAUAUAAGGGUGGGUUCCAAGAGCUUGACCAGCUUGCAGUUGUGAAACAAUUCACAAAGUUCCAAGCCCGUCCCAAUGGCGGAGAAGACAUUGGGAGGUUGAUGACUAAAGCCUACCGGUACGCGAUGUUUGGUCAGCCAGGUUGUAGCUACAUUGAUUUCCCAGGGGAUUUAAUCCAAAAGAAAAUGGAUCAUCACCAAGAUCUUGAGGAAAUGGGGGAGUUCUUCCAAGAGGUUCCAAAAUCGCUUGGUGAUCCCAACAAGUUGAGAGAUGUGGUGGCUGCUAUUAAGACAGCGAAGUUCCCAUUGGUGAUUAUUGGUAAAGGUGCUGCUUAUGGUGAUGCAUCAAAAGAAUUGUCGAAGUUUAUUGAAAAGCAUCAAUUGCCAUUCAUUGCCACCCCGAUGGGGAAAGGGGUAGUCAGUGACUAUUGCCAGUAUAAUGUAUCAUCGGCAAGAUCUAUGGCAUUGAAGAUGGCUGAUGUGGUUUUGGUAUUUGGGGCAAGACUCAAUUGGAUUUUACAUUUUGGUAGCUCUAGGAAGUUCAGUCCUCGUGUAAAAUUGAUCCAAGUGAACAACCACGCCGAGGAAAUUGGUGAAAACUACCAAAAUUUGGGAAACAUGGGGCUAGGAUUGUUGGGAGAUAUCAAGAAGAUCGCGAAGCAAUUGCUCGAUGAUACUGGUUUACAAGACUACAAAUUUGGACCUAUCCCUGAAGCGAUUGUCACAAAAAUUCACACCAACAACAGGUUGGUGGCCCUCAAGGAAGAUGUCGCUUCUAUGAAGAAUGGGUAUUUAAACUACCAUGUUGUGUAUAGAGCAAUGAGGGAGUUUUUAAUAACCAGGAAACUCCAAGACUCGACCAUUUUGGUGUCUGAAGGGGCCAACACUAUGGAUAUUUCCCGAGUGUCGUUCCCGAUUACCGUUGCCAAACACCGUCUUGAUGCUGGCACCAACUCUACCAUGGGAGUAGGAUUGGGUUAUUGUAUUGCCUCCAAACUUGCCAAACCUUGGUGCCAUGUGUUGGCGAUCGAAGGUGAUUCGGCAUUUGGGUUUUCUGGCAUGGAGAUUGAAACUGCGGUACGUUAUAACUUGCCAAUGAUAAUUGUGGUAAUGAACAACAGCGGUAUUUAUCAUGGGAAUGUCGAGACGCUGGCAGAUGUCAAAAAGCCUAUUGAAUUAUCCAAAGAUACAAGAUAUGACCUUAUGGCGGAAUCUUUAGGAGCAAAGGGUUACUUUGUCAACACUCUUGCUGAAUUGGAUGGCGCAUUGAAUGAAUGUUUUGGGAUCAAUAAGGUCAAAGUGAACUUGAUCAAUGUGAUCAUUGAACCGGGUGAACAAAAGAAGGUGGCAUUCAACUGGCAGCAAAGCCAACAGGAAGCAAAAUUGUGA